AUGAGUAGAAGCAGCUACAGUUACACUGACUCCGACGACGAAGACUACGACAUCCACGUCCGUCGACGCGGCCCAUCACCGGGUGGUGUCCGCUAUGUCUCGGGUGGGCAGCGCCCUCACAGCUACUACGAUGCACCUGCCGGCCCUAGUCGCCUCGGACCUGAUCGCCUCACCACUGUCAUAUCCCGAUCCAAGUCCCGUGAGCGCUCCCGGUCCCGUGACCGUCGCACCAGUAGCCCUCCACUACCAGCUCCCGUCAUCAUCAACAACCGAAUCUACAACGACUUCUCAUCUGACGACGAUGACGACGAUCGCCGAAAGCAGGUUGUGCGACGAUCUUCCCGUCGGCGUCGCUCGCACUCUCGGUCUCGAUCGGGUUCCUCAUCAUACGUGGCGCAGAAGGAAUGGGAAGUAGAGCGAGCCCGCAAGGAGCUCGAGGAUAUGCGCCUCGCUAGUGCCCGCGAGAAGGAUGAACAGAGAAUGGUCAAAGGCUACCGCGAGGAGUGGGAGGCUGAACAGUCUCGCAAGGAACUGGAGAAAAUACGUCUUGCCAGCGCUCGAGAGAGAGAUGAGCAGCAAUUGAUCAAGGGCCACCGAGAGGCAUGGGAGGCCGAACGAUCCCGCAAAGAGCUGGAAAAGACGCGCCUUGCAAGCGAACGUGAGAAGGAUGAGCAACGACUUGUCAAGGGCUAUCGUGAGGAAUGGGAGGCUGAGCAAUCUCGCAAACAGCUUGAGAAAGUCCAACUUGCCAAUGCCCGCGACGAUGAUGAGCGUCGCAUCGUGGAGAAAUACCGCAAAGAGGAAGAGUUAAAACAGUCCAGACGUGAGUUGGACGCGAUGAAGGAAAAGGAAGCCCGAGAAGCAGAGGAGGAACGCCUCAUGAAGGCGAUUGAUCUGAAGCGACUCCGAGCAAAGGAUGCAGCCAAGGCGGAGAGCGACCGCCGCGAGAAGGAGGCUAACGACGCAGUUGAGGAGUAUAAGAGAAAGGAGCUACAGCGCGCCAUGGAUGAGAAGAAACUCAAGGACCAGAAGGAACGAGAGGCAGCCGAAGCCGUUGAGAGGUACAAGCGAGAAGAGAAGGAACGCAUCGCCAAGGAAAAGGCUGAGAAGGAGGCCAAGGAGAAAGAGUAUCAGAAGCGACUGAGGGAAGAUCUCGUCAAGUCUGGGCUUGACGAUGAGGCAAUAGACGCCAUCAUGAAGAAGGAAAAGAUCAAGAAGGAACCUUCGCCCCAGCCACCCUAUCGCCCCCUACCACAUCAUGGGAUGGUUCCCAACAUGGGUCAGAUUAGCCAUGUCCCUCAUGGCGCUCCUGUCCCUCAUACAGGACUCGUCCGUCCCAUCACUCACCCCAACCACGUCGUCCACACCAACCAGGCUGCCCCUAUGGCCGUCGCCCAAGGUCCCCGACCGACCUACACUCGCAUGGCUCGUCGACAUCUGUCGAUUGAGUCAUUGCGAGCCUACGGGGUUGAGUUUGAUCUCGAUGACGAUCCCGAGUACGUCCUGAUCAAGCGUUGGGUGCCCGAGUGGGAACAAGAUCAGCUGUGGAAGCACACCAAGUACAUCCGCCAGAAACGCGGCAAGAUGCUGAUGAUCGAGGAGAAGAAGCAUGGCAGAGACGACCCGGAGUUUGAGUGGGUGCGGAAAAAGAGUGACAAGAAGGAGCGUCGUAGAAGCAAGUCGCCGUCGCUCUUGAUGUAUUUGGCUGGGGCACGCCCGGCUUAA